CACAAAGCUGCUGGCAUUCUCUUAUACGGGCUAAUUUUGUGUUAAUUACUAACUGUUUCUUUCUUUUUACUCACUCAAAACCUGCUUGUUCUAUACAAUCACACCCUUCUUCUCUUAGUGAUGGCUGCGAAGGUAGUAUCCGCGCGCGACGGUCCGGCAACUGGGCCUCCAAAUCAAACACUAUACUGCAUUAAUCUACCGGAUAAACUUCGAAAACAUGAUUUGCGACUCGCGCUAUAUACGCUUUUUUCGACAUACGGUACUGUUCUAGACGUGGUGGCCGUGAAAACGAAGAAGAUGCGCGGUCAAGCCCAUAUCGUAUUUAAGGAUGUGCAGGCUAGCACUCAAGCAAUGCGGGCUCUUCAGGGGUUUGAAUUCUUUGGCAAGGAAAUUAAAAUUGUUUACGCGAAAGGUGCUUCGGAUGUGAUUGCGAGACUUCGCGGCACCUAUAGUGUCCCGACAGUUUCUACCGCACCAAGUGGUGUACCAGGUGGUGGCGUAUCUACGGAACUCCAAAAAUCGAUAUUCGGUGCUCCUCCUGGGACAGCACCAUUACCCAGCAAGCCUGCCCCAGUCAGUGGCGAGCAACUAGCUCAAGGCGUGAAACGGCCGCGUGAGGAGAGUGAUGAGGAGGAAGCACCAAUGGAUGAAGAAAGCGAUGUGUCAAUGGAAGCAUCAUCCGAUGAGGAUUAGGCGAGUUCAGCUGGUUCUGGUUCGCUUUGGGGGAAAUGAAAUGGCUCUACUUAGUGUGAGCUGGUGUGGUACACCAGGCCGACGCGGCUACCUACCAAACCGAGCCAGAGUAAGAGAUAAAGCUCUGGAUGGACAUC